AUGGAGAGGAAGAUGAUUAUUUUCUGUAUGCUUUUCUUCUAUUUCAGUGUGGCACAGACUACAGCUCCACACAAACGAACAAAAUACCAACAGCUUUUAAAGACAAUCAAAUAUUUACAAACCACAGUGAAAGAUAAGGAUGUUGAAUUGCUGCAUACACCAGAAAACCCUGUGGAUGGAUGCCUGUCCACAUCUGUGACCUGCUUCCAGCAGGGCAUACUGAAAUUACAGCCAGAAAGCAGCCAAGUCAAUUUUACAUUCAUCCAAACUGUUAAAGUCUUGCAAAGAUUCACCAUCAGCAACUCUGGAAAGCAGUGCGACUCUUCAUGUGAAUCUUACGGGAAAAAAACUCCCAGGGAGUUUUUGAAGAGCUUUGCAAAACUAAUCCAAAAGUGGUCACCUGCUUUGCCACCACCUGCAUCCAGAUCUGGGGCCAGAACCACGUACACUAUUGAAGAUGUUGGUGCAUCUCAGAUGUAG